AUGGUGGCCUCCAUAUUCAUAAUAUCCGUUCAAAUGGAUCUCGCCUGGUUACAUCUGGAGGAUAUAGAAUUGAAGAAUUUCGUGCUAGAGAUAUAUUUACAGCACUUUGGGCUAAUGAUUUGUUUAUGGAAAGAGUUCGUGAUGAUGGUGAAUGGAGCCUGUUUGAUCCUAAUGUUGCUUUUGGUUUGUCGGAUGCCAGUAGCAUUGGGUGUCCAAGGAUUGGCAGAUGUGUUUAUUCAAAUGGGGUAUCCCUUUGAGAGCUUGGAGGCUCGAAAUGUCAACAGACUGAUUUUUGAAACAAUGUACUUCUCUGCUUUAGAAGUCUCUUGCCAGUUAAGUAAAGAACUAGGACCAUAUUCUUCAUUUCAAGGAUCUCCACUUUCAAAGGGCAUAUUUCACUUUGAGUCGUAUUCUCCAAGUGAGAAUGUCACAAGUGGAAUAUGGGAUUGGGAGUCUUUGAGGCAGGAUAUUGUACGGUUUGUAUGGGAAGUCAAGAUGAAGAGUGUAAUUGAAAUGGCAGCAGAUAGGCAAGCAUUUAUAGACCAAUCUCAAUCAUUGAAUAUUUUCCUAAAGCAGCCUACAUAUUCACAACUAUCCUCCAUGCACUUCUUUGGAUGGUCUAAAGGACUUAAAACCGGAAUGUACUAUCUAAGAACAGAGCCUGUGGCCAGUGCUAUUAAGUUUACGGUCAACCAGGAGAUGGUUGAGUCUACGUUGAGCUCAUUAAGAGAUGCAGAAAAUUCAGCAAAUCAAGCAGAUAAGGAAUGUGAAUCAUGUUCCUGUUAG